AUGGCGAACAGCUUCAUCGCCUAUCUGCGAGGCGACCAGAAUGCGCCUGGAGAGCGCAAACUGGUGCAGAAGCUUGAUUUUUUCAUCCUGACUUUCUGCUGCCUCAUGUACUUUCUCAAUUACCUGGAUCGCACCAAUCUCAACAACGCGUAUGUUUCUGGUAUGAGGGAAGAGCUGAGUUUCAAAGGCAACCAGCUCAACCAAAUCAAUACUGUUUUUACGGUAGGAUACACAAUCGGCCAAGUGCCAUGUAAUAUCGCAUUGUACUAUGUCAAACCACGCUACUUCUUCCCACUAUGCAUGGUAGCAUGGGGCGCCCUAACAAUGGUCACGGCAGCAGCCCAAAAGCCCCAGGAUAUCAUGGCCAUCCGCUUCUUUCAGGCCUUGUUUGAAUCCUCAACAUUCGUAGGAACCCACUACAUCCUCGGAUCAUGGUACACCGAGAAAGAGCUAGGGAAACGAUCUGGAAUCUUCACAGCAUCUGGUCUUGCAGGCACCAUGAUUGGUGGGUUCAUCCAGACCGGAAUCCACAGCAGUAUGGAUGGUCUACGAGGCAUGAGCGGAUGGCGAUGGCUAUUCAUAAUCGACGGCAUCAUAACCCUCCCCGUCGCAAUCUACGGCUACCUUCUCUUCCCCGACACCCCCCGCAACACGCGCGCCCCUUACCUCAGUGCCUCAGAAAAAGCUCUCGCCAUUUCCCGCGUCCCCGAAGUCUCAGAGCGCACACCCAUCUCGCUUUCCUUCGUCAAACACUGCUUCAAAACAUGGUACUGGUACUUCUUCGUCAUCCUCUGGAUCCUAGCCGGCGAAACAGAAUCCUUCAGCACAAACGCCCUGCUGCAACUGUACAUGAAGUCGCAUCCCACCAAUAAAUACACAGUCACGCAGAACAAUAACUAUCCAACCGGGGUUCCCGCUGUAGGAAUCGUAUCAACGCUCUUCUGGGCUACAUUGACGGAUUUCAUGGGUGGGAAACGGUAUUUAGUCGGCUACUGGAUCGCCAUAACCGGCAUCCUAACCUCCUCCCUCAUCCUCGCCUACCCACACAACACAACCAUCCACUUCGCAAUGUACUACUGGGCUGGCAGCGUGUACGCCUGCCAAGCCACCUUCUUCGCCUGGGCCAACGACGUGCUGCGCUACGAAGAAGACAGUCUGCGUGCCGUCGUCAUUGCCAGUAUGAAUAUGGGGAGUAACGCCAUCAACGCGUGGUGGAGCAUCGUCUUCUACGGCGCGAGCUAUGCGCCGUAUUUUACGCGCGGAAUGUGGGCUAUGAUUGCGGUCAGCAUAGCUAUGGGUUUGUGGACGGGACUGCUGGUUUGGAUGCAGGUGAGGACGGAGAAGAGGAGGGAGACCGAGGGGGUGCAUGGGAUGACGGUUGUUGCGGGGAAAGGCGUUGUGGAGGAAGCUGACGAGGAGAAGAAGCGUGAGGAUAGGGUUUAG